AAGACACGUAUUACAAUUUUCUCACGGAGCGCGCAGGGCAAUCGCGUUCGUGAUCUUCAGACGAUAAUUAACGCAGCCUCGGUAGUUCGGCGGUGUUCCACGUUGCCUUUCGGGCGCGGACCUUUUGAAAGUAGCACACGUAGGCAACAGGUGUCUACAUUAAAUAUCGCAGACAUUCGAUAGUUGACGUCAGUUGACGUUGUCGCUUCUCGUUCGUGACGAAUUGACAACGCGGGGCCUGCGGACGCGCUGAUUGUCGUCACUCGCCACGGAAGUAUAUAUUCUUGUCAACAGUACCGUCAGCCGACCGAGUUCUUCAUCACUGGAGCACUCGCGAAAUCGAGGACCACAUUUACGCGCGCAAAAUGGAUCUAAAUUACGACUAUCUGAUAAAGUUCCUGGCGCUGGGCGACUCCGGUGUCGGCAAGACGAGCUUCCUCCAUCAGUACACCGACGGCACUUUCAGUGCCAGAUUCAUAUCCACUGUUGGGAUUGAUUUCAAGGAGAAACGAGUGAUAUAUCGUACAGCCAAUGGCAGGAGUCGACGAGUGCACCUGCAGCUUUGGGACACAGCUGGCCAGGAAAGGUUCAGAAGUUUAACCACAGCCUUUUACCGGGAUUCCAUGGGUUUCCUACUAAUUUUUGACCUGACCAAUGAGCUGUCGUUCCUUGAAGUUAGAAACUGGCUGGAGCAUCUUAGGACACACGCGUAUUGCGAUGAUCCAGACAUAAUUCUCUGCGGCAACAAGUCCGAUCUUGAGGAUAGACGCGUCGUCAGCAAGAACAAAGCGCUAGAUCUCGCCAAAAAACAUGGCUUGGUCUAUUUGGAGACGAGUGCUGCAACCGGGGAAAAUGUCGAGCUCGCUGUGGACUUAUUAUUAGACUGUGUAAUGCGCAGAAUGGAAACUACGGUGGAUAAGAUGGUGUUACCGCACCAAAAAGUUUUAAAAUGUCAUGAGAACGAUGCCCCACCGCCUAGUAGCUUCUGCUACUGCUGACAGUGCCAGUACAUGUAGUUAUCUAAACUACUUUGUUUGUUGAUAUAUAUAUAUAUAUAUAUAUAUAUAUAUAUACGUCAGAUGAAAAAAAGAAAUAUAUAAUCGAAACUAAUAUUUCAAUUGGCGAAACGAAUGUCAAUUUUACCACACACUUUCGUCGCGUAGACUUUCAAAAUUUCUUAUUACCACGUUAUUACUGCACAUACUAAAUGUCUUCCAUCAUAUCUUACUCUCGGAUGAAAGCAUUCUCCGGCUUUGGGGAGCUCACCGACACUCAAUUAGUAUACUUAUACAAUGUUGAAUCUCGUCUUGUACGGACAGUUAUCCGUUGUUUCCGAAAACUUGAAUGAGUUGUCCUUUUCUAUGAAAAUUCUCUUUUAUAACAUCGUCGUUUUUCGAUGUUGUUUGUUCUUAAUGAUAAUGAUGUUCAUAAAAGUUUAGACGUCGAUUGACUAAAAAUGUUUUCUAUUCUACGAUAAUAUAUACUGACUUUUUCUAUCACUUAUUAUAUGCACAUGUGUUUAAUAAAUCAAUUCUUUCUUACCAAAAAUACGAUGUAAGAGCGGUUGUUUCAAAAGUUAAAACGAUUUACCUUCGACUGUAUCGACCAUGUAAUUUUGAUGAUAUAACCGAUUGAAGUUUAUAUAUUUAAUCGUGAGAGCGUGUAUAUAAUGUGUAUAUAUAUAUACAUAUACACAUAAUUAUCUUCAACAUUGAUAGCAUUUACCUCAUAAUUGAGACUGUUAUAAAUUGCAAUACAAUAAUUUAUAGUUGUAUUUUUAUGUAACAUAUGAUGUAAAUAUAAUAAAAGAUUAAUCUGUUCAUAUAAUACACGCACACGAACAAAAAUACAACUAUAAAUUAUUAUGUUGUUGUGAUUCGCUAAUGCCUCAAUUAUGAAAUAAAUGUUGCCAGUGCUGAAGUAAAUUAUAUACUCGGUUCAUAUAAAUAUUUACAAAUGCAAAUAUCGAUACUAAUUGUAAUGAUUGAAAAAUGUGUAUCUUUUCUUUACCUUUCUUUAACAUGUUUUUGUUACAAUUGCCGAUAAUAACAGCACACUAUGAUAGACAAAGAAUAUCACGAGCAACAAAAUACAAUAUUUUGAAGAUCGAUCAUCACAAAUUGAACGGUGAUUUGACGAAUAAAGUCUUGAGGAGAGUACAAAUAAAUAAUAGAAUUUACUUUUUGAUUAAUUGGAUUCUCACCUAUCAGAAAUUAAUUUGGGAUUUUACUACGAAGAUAUUUAGUGGUGAAAGCUUUGAAAACUACUGAUAAAUGACGUCUUUCAUAAAAUUUUGGAAAAGGAAUGUCCAGUAAAAAUUUCUUGUAAUAUCUAUGGAAAGACAUUCUUCGAUAGUUCAUGGUUGCCCCGUAUCUGACAGAUGAUACCGUUAAACAUUUUGCACUUUGACUAUGUCGUUAAUUAUGAUUUAGCACUUUGAAUUGCCUUACUUUAUGAGAUGAGAUGCUGAGAGCGUAAAUAAUCAAGUGAGCUCAUAGAAUUAUAUAUACUAUGGAGAGAGGGUGUAAUUAAUCUUGACUGCAGUUUAUACGGAACUUCUACUUUCAUCCCGUUAUCUUGGGAUAUAUUAAUGGUAAAUUGAGCAGAAUAAUUGAAAAUUAUGAACGUUACAAAGAUAAAAGUGCUUUAGUUUUAUUAACGGCGGAAGUGCCUAUCAUAUAUUAUUGAAAUUAUAUCAUUCGUUGUUUGAUUUUUAUGUUAUAUCGGUACGAGGUAGACAGCUUUUCGUAUUUGUCCAAUAAAACUGAAAACAAAAUUACCUAGUUUCUAAAUUAAUAAUUCUCUAUAAUUGAGAAUUAAAAAAAAUGAGAAUUAAAA